GCGAAGUCGGCGCGCCCCCCGCUCAUCAGCGGCUGCUUCUGAGGGUGAGCGUCUGGGCGAUCCCACCCUCCAGGCGCCCUUUCGCCUUGCAGGCACCCGACGGGCUGGGUGGGGGCAAAGUCCGCGAUCUUGCCUGGAGAGGCAGGGCAGCUCGCUCCUCAUCCCGAGGCUUUGGUGGAGAGCGGGGGAGCCCGAACGCCGAAGUGCCGCCCUCCACCUACCUUUCCCUGUCUCCGGAUUCUUGGUCUACAAGAAAGGCGGGGAGGGACUUCUAGUCACUUAGAAUCUAGUGGAUGGAAUCGCCCUGGGAGAGACCAUGGCCACCAUCUCCUCUUUGGGCAAGUACACUCAUGCCAUUGUUCGCUGCAUCCCUUCCUCGUUUGGCACAGCAGAGGCCCCGGCGGAGGGGUCUGAAGGCGGGUCUGAGCCCGUGGACCUGGCCAAGGCUCACCGGCAGUAUGGCGUAUACACGGGCAUCCUGCGCCAGAAGCUGGGGCUCCAGGUCAUCGAACUGGCUGCGGAUGAGGGCCUGCCCUGCUCCACACUGGUGGGGGAUCUCGCAGUGAUACAGGGCGACACUGCCCUGCUCACACGGCCAUGGCUUCCCUCACGACGGGAUGAGAUCAGCAGUGUCAGGAAGGUCUUGGAGGAGCUAAAGCUGCGUGUGGUCGAAGUUACGGAUGAGGGAGCCACCCUGGAUGGCAGUGAUGUACUUUUCACAGGUAGAGAAUUCUUCGUGGGCAUUUCCAAGUGGACCAAUCACAGAGGAGCAGAGAUGGUUGCCGAUACUUUCAGGGAUUUUGCUGUGUCGACCGUCCCCAUCUCGGGCACAUUGCACCUCCGCAGCUUCUGCAGCAUGGCAGGGCCGGACACAGUCGUUAUCGGCAGCAGUGACGUCGCCAAGAAAGCCAUGAAGACCAUGGAACAAUUAACUGAUCACCACUAUGAAACACUGACGGUGCCUGAUGACCUGGCCGCCAAUUGCAUCUAUGUGCGGCUGGGCCAGAAGAGCAGCGUCCUCCUGCACCGCAGCGCAGAAGAGUAUCCGAACAGCGUGCAACCCUUCCAGAAACUUCCGGACUACACCCUCAUCCCUGCUGCUUGCACUGAGGUAGCCAAACUUGGUGGGACUCUCAGUUCCUGCUCCCUUCUCAUCAACAAGAAGCUGGAAAUCUAGUGCCUGUUGAACCUCCACCAGAAAAACAGAGGUUCUCACAAUCUUGAAGACCUGCCUGGCUCAGCUCCCACGUUCAGAGUGAUGUCCCUGUUUUUCUUAGCUGCAUCCUGAGGGAGGAACACCUCCCUUCCUCCCAAAUAUGCGAAUCUGGUGGUCCGCUGUUCUUUAAAAGAAAAAUUAUACUGGAUCUUCACUGCCAUGGUGUUCCCCCAAUCUCUUUAUUUCCUGCCUCUGCCUUCUACUUCGUAUCCUCUUGAAAAAGACCUACUUUUAUGCCAGAGUAGAUAGGGGCUCUUAUCUUGCUCCCAGUUCUGAAGGAAAUCUCUAGCAGGAAACCAGAUACUCUUUAUUUUUUCAAAGCUGUUGCUGCUGCUUUGAUUUUUUAAAUUUUUUUUAGCAACAUUCUCCCCUGUUUAUUAACCUUUAUGGACAAUUGUUUCUUUUGAGAAAUAUUUGUAGGUAACCCUCUUGGAAGACACUUAAGGGAUGUCUAUCAUAAAGCCUGACCCAAGAAACCUUCUGCAAGUGCUCUCUCUCUCUCUGUGUCUCUCUCUCACUCUCAGUACCAUCUCCAAACUGGAGAGCAGAAGAUAUUCUUGGAGACCUCACUGUGUGUGAUACUGCACAGUUUCCACUGGUUUGGAAGGCAAGCCAACAUUGCAUUGCAACAGAACUGGAUGUCUGCAUUACUCUGGAUAUGGGAGAUUGGGAGGCGCUCUGAUUUGAACAGUUACAAACCUCAACACCUGAUAAUUUGUGUCAGAUAUAGGAAGAAUUCUCUAGUGUAUUAUGUUUGCAUUACCACAAGACCUUUCCCCUCCCUUAAUAAUUCGUUUUAGGGCUGAUUCUGUGGGGUUGGAGCCAAUGGUGCCCAUCUCCUUGAUGAAGGCAAACCACUGAGGGAGCAGACUUCCCCUUCCCCUUGUGUGCACCCCAGAUCUGCUCAGGAGGGUUGGGGGGCCCACAGGAGCAAAUCUAGGAGGCAGGCCAUGGGGAGUUCUCACACAACUGUUGGCUUCAGCCCUUGGUUUGCUAGCUACAUUUCUAUGGUGCUGCAGUUUGGGGACUGGGAGUUCAGCGCUGGAUCUAAGCUCCCACCCCCCACCCCCCCAGGCUCAAAAACAUGGCUUCCCCACUGCCACCUCAACUGAAAACCUCUCUGCAUACCCACAAGGUUGAAGCAGUUGUGGAGGAACAGCUCGAUGGAGGCAUGGCUUCCUUUGUAACACGGUGUCUGUGUUUGUGUAACAUAGUUAGGGGGCGUUCGUAGGAAUAUUCUUGAAAGCUGUAGCACGCCCUCUGUUGGGGAGUAGGCGUAUUGACAGAUGUAGGACCUUAGAGUCACUCACUGCCUCUUGAACCCCUUGUGGAAUCAAUUAAAUCAAUAACAAUAAAAAAAACUGAACCAA